AUGACCAUGUUUCCUCCUCCGCCCUCUCUUGAACAGCAGAUCGAAUAUCCAUACUACUUUCCUUACUCGCAUCCGACGACGCAAAUCGCGAUGUGCGGUCAGCCAUUAUAUGCAGAAUCAAGAUAUCGUGAUGAUCAGCAUACCUCACCUACGGCUUUUCUCAGUCAAUAUGCACCGUCUCCGAAUCAGUAUUAUCACCACACUCAGCAGGGGUAUCACGUAUACGGUUAUGGAUCACGAAAACGUAGCCUCUGCUCUACCGGCACUUCUGAUAUGUACCGAAACACCACAACGACGACAGCGACGUACAACGGCGGGGAAGGAAUAUUCUCAUUCCAAGCUGGAGUACACCAAAUGUCCCCAGUGAGCAAGGGCAUAUCUCACAUCAUAAUUGACAACAUCCGACCCGGCAUUGAUAUCAAAACAUUACAGGACCAUUUCCGCGAUGCCGGGCAUGUGCUUUAUUGCCAAAUCAAUCGGUACAACAACAAUAACGGCGGGAACGGUAAAGAAGCUCAGUGUAAUGAGUCCAGCUAUCCCGGUCAGUUCUAUGCAACUGCUACAUUUGCGACAGCAGAGGAAGCCGAGCGGGCGGUUGGGAUGUAUAACGGGUCCGAGUUGGGAGGGAGCCGUGUUGUGGUCAGAUUGGACACCGAGUGGGAUCCUUUCGCUGUUGAGAAGUCGAACAUGAAUGGUGAAGGGGGUGAAGGUGACUGGUCAAGAUCACAGUCAUAUUCGUUGUCAUUUACGACUUCAAAUGCCCCGCUGGCUUCGUCGGUAUCCUCGUCUACGGAGACUUUUUCUUCGUAUUCUGCUCUCGUCAGCGACAUCAUCAUCAAGAUCGCGAUAGGAGAGAUUCUGGAAAAGAACUAUUCAAAGGAACUGAUCACCCUUUCCUUCCUGCGCGAGAUGCUCCAUCAGAUUGUGUAG